AUGAUUCCAAAUAGACCUUUUUUCGGAUCGCAUUCGGACACGUCCGCCAUAAACGUGAAAAAUUUGGUGACUGACCUCUUCACACAGAUGCGGGAGCCUUCCCCAGGGGCUCCAAGCCCAAGAGGGUCUACAGGGUCUCUGAACAAUGGUGCGGUCACACGGAACUUUGGCUUCCAACAGCAGAACGGCUCUGAACACCUGCCCUGGAGUAGUCCCGCGAUCUCUCUGCCCGGGAAUUGUAAUUCAAACUUGACAAACGACUCAUCAGGCUUGAUUCGGAGUAUCAGCAAUGCUUCCGCCCUCACUUCUCUAUGCGCUGAUCUGUCACCAUCCGACUCACAUUUCUUUGAGGUACUAUACAUAGGCAAGGUUAGGAUUUCACAAAGAAGGGUUCCAGAGAGCCUGAUAGACGAUGCACUUCAUAAGUUCUCUCAGCACGAGGCUGAGAAGCUCAAGAAUCAGAGGCGGCACAGCCUUAUAUCUUCUACUGCGAAUUCUCUAUACAGUACUAGCUCUACAGAAAACUUAAAAGAUGACUCAAAGACUGAAACCAUUAGUGACAAUUUACACAACCGAAAUAGUAAUCUGGUCACAAGCACUACUCCUUUAGAACCAGAUAAAAAACACGCUUGGAAAAGCGUUGAGAGUUUGCAACAAAUUAAAAAGGACCAUCAACUCAAUAAAAGUGAAAACAAUGAGAUUGAUAAUGAAUUCGAUUUGUUCACAAAAGAGAGAGUUGAGAAAAAUACUCAAAUUCGUAAACCUUCUCAAUUACCUCUAGAACCUUCUUCCCUAGUAUUGAAUUUACCAACAAAUUUGGGUACAGUAAAGGAAGACGAGGAAAAAGCUGACGAUAUUCAUUCAGUAAUCUCGGAAACCGCAUCAUCUAUAACACAAUUUUGUCGAUCAAAUUUUUUUGACGAUGCAGAGAAAUCUGAUUUAACCGCUAAUACAAUUAGAGAUAAUAAUCCCUUCCACAAAGAACUCAUUGAAGCACCUGGUGAUACAAAUAAAAUAGAUGAGAAAGAUUCUUUACUCAAUAUUCCAACACAAACUGGUUUAACCGAGAAGGAAAUUGAAGUACAAACAAAGCCAGAGUCGAAGGCUGAAACAGAAAAUAAUUCAUAUUUAAAUAAUUCUGAGAACAAAGAAACCCUCCAAAAAUCCUCUUUAGAACUUACACUAAAUAGAAAUGGUGAAAGUAACAAGAAAAUCGUAAUGCCCGAGAAUAAGCCAUUUUUAAGAGACAGGUCUGCUUCCAUAGGGACGUUAAAUUUGAAGACUCCUCUUGCACACUUAAUUGGUGAACAAAACAGGACCAUGCUAUUUCAGGUUGGUCGGUCAGAGCUUCGCCUCAUCAGUCCCGACAGGAAGCAAAUCCUCCUCCACAGAGCGUUUAAGGACGUUGCCAGCUGUGUACUGGGUAGAAGCAACAAGGAUCAUUUUGGGUUCGUGUGUCGCGAGACCAACGAGACUUACGCCUGCUAUGUGUUUAAAUGCGAGAGUGACUCUGUCGCCACUGAAGUUGUCAAUGCAAUAAAACAAGCGUUCAUUGCGCAUGCGGAGUUAUUGAAAAAGUCCAGGGAGAAGUCGCCCAACAUGACAUGUGAGCAUUGUCCAAUGCUCUGGUACCACCGGCUGUGUCACGAUAUCGAAGGUAUGAACGAGAAGAAAACUCACGCGUUCAUCCUGCGUCGCAUCGAGCAGCUGCCUGAAGAUGAGCAGGAUCUCGUCGUCACAAAGUACCAAGGCGGUAGUAACCACAUUUUUGAGGUUGGCGAGCACAAUGCAUUCCUGAUGAUGCUUCUUCGUGCCCAUUGUGAAUCGAAGCAGCAAAGGCAUGUUCACGAUACAGCUGAGAACCGGUCAGAGUUCCUUAACCAGUAUUUGGGUGGCAGCACGAUAUUCAUGAAGGCAAAACGCUCGCUCUCGAGCAGCUUCGAUCAUUUGCUAAAGAGAAAAGUUAGCAGAGAUGAAAUGGUUGCACAGCAGGGUAAGAAGGAACCACCACAAGUCCCCCCACCAGUGGUGAUGGAAACAUCAUCGGAGCAGUCAGUGUCGGAGAUGUUGCCGGAAAUCACUCGCUCCAAAUCCACGUCUCCAGCCGCGAAUGCGGUCGAGAAAGAACAACCGUCAACACCACCUAAGUCCGUCGUCCCGCCUGCAGUUGAAGAGGAGUCUGAGGACGUGAGGGAUGACAAUACGCCUGUACAUUCUCCAAUGAUGGAUAUAUUCCUUAAAGUGAGCGAUAACCGACCGACCGUAAGUGAGACUGGCGCAGAGUCAGACGCCACCUGGCGACAAGCGAUAUACGAGAAGGCGAUCCAGCCGCCCGAAGUGGAAGAAGAUGAACUCACUUCUUCUACUCAUCUCCUUGGUCGCCCGAAGAUCAAUCAAGGCAAACGGAGCAAAGAACAGUUGAGGCAGCUUUGGAAGAUGGCCAUCGACCAGACCAUCCUCCUGGUUAGAAUGGAGAAGGAAAAUGCUAGAUUGAGAGAGAGCGAGGAGUCGUCAGCUGUGCGGCGGCUGAAGCUUGAGUACGAGGAGCUGGGCGGGUGCGAGGCAGGCGCGGCCGGCAUGUGGGAGGCGCUACUGUCACGCGAGCCCGCGCAGCGCGCCGCGUGCGUUGACCGCCACAUGCUCACGCAGGCCGUGCGCAGAGGUGUGCCGCGCGUGACCCGCGGCGCGGUGUGGUACUUCCUGGCGGAGCAAGCCUGCCUGCGCGCGCCGCUGCCCGAGCCGCGCGAAUGCCCGCUCUACCACACGCCCUACCGCACGCUGCUCGCCGGACUCACCAAGCAUCAGCACGCGAUACUCAUCGACCUCGGUGAGAUGUGCCGCGACACUCGAACACAUCAUACGCACCUUUGCCCGCUCUACCGCACGCUGGUCACCGGACUCACCAAGCACCAGCACGCGAUACUAAUCGACCUCGGUCGCACAUUUCCGAAGCACUCGUACUUCGCGGCUGCGCUAGGCCCCGGUCAGUUGGCGCUCUACAAUAUCCUGAAGGCGUAUUCCUUGUUGGAUCCAGACGUGGGCUACUGUCAGGGCCUGAGUUUUGUGGCUGGUGUUUUGCUACUGCAUAUGGAGGAAGCAGACGCAUUCGUGCUACUGAGGCACCUGAUGUUUAGGCGUGGUCUAAGGAAGCAGUAUCUGCCCGACAUGAGCGCUCUUCAAGUUCAGUUGUACCAACUGUCCCGACUGCUUCGCGACCAUGAACCGGAGCUUCACGCCAAGCUGGAGAUGCUGGACAUUUCGCCCGCGCUGUACGCGGCGCCUUGGAUGCUCACGCUCUUCACCAGCCAGUUCCCCCUUGGCUUCGUCGUCAGGGUUUUUGAUCUCAUCUUUUUGGAAUCCUUAGACGUAGUCUUCACUGUAUCGCUGGCGUUACUCUCAGCCCACAAAGACGGCUUGAUGAUGUGUGAAAGCUGCGAGGAAGCUGCCGAGUAUCUCAAGCACAAGUUGCCUAACAUGGACAAGGUGAUCUACCAGAAGGUCAUGAAGAAGGUUCAAAGUUUGGACAUUGCGCGGCAGUUGAGUGAGUAUGCCGUGGAGUACGCAGUGCUUCGCGAGGAGAUGCCACGUCUGGCCGCACUGGCCGACUCCAACCGUCAGCUGACCACCGACAAGCAGCGAAUGGCACAGGAGUUAGAUUCUGCAAUGGACGCGAUAACGAAUUACCAGAAGACACAAGCACGUCUCAGUACCCAGAACAAAGCCAUGGAGCAACAACUAACACUGCUCAGCCGAUACAUAACGAAUCAUAGACAAGACGUGCCCAUAGAAGUGAAAAGAAUCAUCCAGAUGUACAAUAGGAAAAUGUCAUUCAGCUCGAAAAUCUUCUCCUCUAAGUUUACGUCGAGCGAAGAGGAAGAAGACCCGAAGAGGAACUUCAAAACGGGCGUCAGCGCCCCGAAUCUAUUCUCCAAAAUAUCCAAAGAGGACAUGAUAAACGCGGUGAACAAUGAGAGGAAUAAAUUCUCGCCAGAGAACGACAGGAAGCAGUUCCUCAUGAAGAAGUCUCAGUCCAUCCACUCCGGACUCAUGGCAAACAAACACUAUCCCAUGAAAGUUCUAGAAGAGAAAUCUGAAAACCAAACUCAAUUCCGGACGGAAAUCAUCUCUGAAUCUCUUAAGGAGUUGGGGAGGAGAAAUUCCGGAUUUUUCGCCAACACCCACGAACAAAUCCGCCAAGAAAGACUUUUCGAGCAGCAACUAAAGCACGACUUCGACGAAAAUUUAAAGAAAUCGGACCAAAAACUUGCACCGACAUCGUAUUUGGACGACUUAAGCAUCUUCCAGAGCAAGAAGAGCAUGUCAUUAAAUUUGAAACCUAAUACAAAGGCGCACGAACCAAAAUUGAUUGACAGUGGAUUCGUGACACCUUUGAGCCCUAACGACAGCGACAAAAGGGACGACAACGUGUCGGUCAUAUCUCAUCCGUUGAGCGACUGCGACGUUGACAUCAAAUUCGACGGACAGUCUACUAAGUUGAAGCAAAUUCGCCCGUUAAAGCCUCACAAUGUCGACGCGGCUCAUAUAUAA